CUCUCUCUCUCUCUCUCUCUCUCUCUCUCUCUCAUCCUUUCCUUUUCUCUCUCCUCUCUUUGUAUUCUCACAGAUUUACUCAUUUGUGUAACUCUCUGCUCACAUCUGCCUUUCUUUUUUUGUGCCUGCUUGCUUGUUGUCCCUUUUUCAGAAGUUAUUUCUCCUCUCUGAAGCAUGUGGGCGUCCAAGGUCAACGGUGUAAAACGAAUGUGAUGUUUGAUUGAAGAGCAGAGAGACUGUUGGGAGUUUCUGCAGAAGAUUUUUAGCUUUUUACAGCAGCAGUCGGCAGUUUGAUCAGAAUGCCACUAUUGAAAGACCCUCGGAGAAAAUCAGAUGACAUCAAUGCUGUCUAUGAGCUCAGAGAGAAACUGGGAGAGGGAUCAUUUUCUGAGGUUCGAGUAGCUCAGCAUAAGUGCAGCCACAAGCUUGUAGCUGUGAAGUGUAUCCGCAAGAGGGCGCUGAAGGGCAAAGAAUCAAUGCUGGAGAAUGAGAUCGCUGUUUUACGAAGAAUAAACCAUGAAAAUAUAGUUUCUUUGGAGGAAACUUUUGAGACGCCUACAAAACUGUAUUUGGUAAUGACACUUUUGACUGGUGGAGAGCUCUUGGACAGGAUUCUGGAGAGAGGCAGUUACACUGAGAAAGAUGCCAGUCGGGUGAUAUUUCAGGUGCUGAACGCAGUGAAAUAUCUCCACCAGCUGGGCAUCGUGCAUCGGGAUCUAAAGCCAGAGAACCUGUUGUAUGAAACUCCAUUAGAAGACUCCAAAAUUGUCAUCAGUGACUUUGGUUUGUCUAAAAUGGAAGAUCAAGGAGCUCUGUCGACUGCUUGUGGGACACCAGCAUAUGUUGCUCCUGAACUUCUACAGCAGAAGACAUACAGUAAAGAGGUGGAUAUCUGGGCCAUCGGGGUGAUUACCUUCAUUCUGUUGUGUGGAUAUCCUCCGUUCUACGACGAUAAUGACACACAACUCUACAAACUGAUCAUGAAGGCUGAAUAUGAAUUUGAUUCGCCGUAUUGGGAUGACAUUUCAGAUUCAGCAAAAGACUUCAUACUUCACUUACUGCAGAAAGAUCCGGCCGUGAGGUUCGAUAGUGACCAGGCCUUGCAGCAUCCUUGGAUAUCAGGGGGCGCGGCUUUGGACAAGAACAUUCAUGGCUCAGUGUCAGCACAGAUCCAGAAGACCUUUGCCAAGAGUCAGUGGAAGAGAGCCUUUAAUGCCACGAUCAUCGUCCGUCAUUUAACCAAGAAAACCCACCCGGAGGAUGAUGAAGGAGAUAAAGCCACAGGGACCAUCUGAGGGUCCAUUUGGGAGUUCAGCCAAAAAUGUUAAUUCCGUCAUUAUUUACUCACCCUCAUGUUCCAAACCCAUCGAGUACAACUUUGUCCAAGUGUCCUGAAGCUAUAUGAUAGCUGUGUGAAUCAGAACUAAAUUAAAAUUGUUCACAGCAAAUCUGCAAUCCAUAAAAGACAGAAGGGCAAUUCCAGUGUUAUGGACGUGACAUUUUCGUUAUGGAAGUGACAUAGAAAUGUUCAGAGAAUGAAUUUGUUACGAUUAUAUUGAACCGUCUGUUUAUAUUUUACUGAACCCUUGUUGAUUGAGUCUUAACAUAGUCUAUGAAAAAAAAUAUUAAAAAAAGGGAAAUAAACAUGUGAUAUGGAUGUGACAAAAAAAGGAUACGUUUUUUGGGAGACGAUAAACUUUGUAGGAUUUCUGUAAAAUAAUAAUAAUACCCAAUAAAUGGAGAAGGGAUGCCUCUUUAUAGAACAUAAAAUAGUUACUUAUGCUUACUUAUAUUCAUUUUCAUUGAAUAUGUAGCGUUACGGAUGUGACAAUCCUGAAAACGGCUCUGACCUGACUAGGAAAAAUCUUGCACUAAAAAUAAAACAGAUGCUUUACAAAUUUUAAGAGAGAUCUCACAUGGGUAUUUAAACCACCAAAUGUUAAAAUCUGUGCUGUAACCAUAGUAAAAUCACUAGUAAACACUUUCACAGAAUUGCCCAGAAACAGGAUUUUGAAACGUACCUGAGCUUAAAAUGAAAUGCUGUCCGUGAUCAUUCAGUUGCACUUCGCUGAGCUGCCACUGUAGAAAUAUCCUCCGUGGAUAACCGUUCCAUCACAACCCGUGUUUCCAUAAGUGUUCUGCUCCCCAUGUGCUUGUAUUUGAUGUGUAACAGCAUGCUGCCAUGUGACGGAACUGAAUAUUUAGUCAUAGUAUUGUCAAGUCCUGUCACCUUAGAGCGUAUCAAGCGCUUUUACAGGACAGAAUACUCCACAGCAUGAGAACAAAUAGUUUUAGUAGUAGUAAAUAAGAAGUCAUUGUUUAUAUGUGUACAUGAUAAAUAAAUACAUGGAUAUUC